CCACGAGCAGUAACCCAGAUCAAGUUGUUCAACUGCAAAGUCAGUUAAUUACUGUCAAACUGAGUGAUACAAACUACCUGAUUUGGCAGCAACAAGUUCUAGCAGCGGUGAGAGGUUAUGGACUCAUGGGAUACUUAGAUGGAUCUCUAUCAAAACCAGCAGAGUACAUGCCUGGUGGAUCCAAUGUAGGAGCCAUUCCUAACCCUCUCUUCUCUACCUGGGUAAGACAAGACCAACUAUUGGCAUCUUGGUUACUUUCUUCUCUUUCAGAAAGUGUCUUAAUCUCUACUGUGGGACUCAUAACCUCAAAAGAAAUCUGGGAAUCCUUGAAAAUUACCUUUGCCAGUCAGAAUCAAGCAAAGAUAAUGCAGUACAGACUACAGCUUCAAACUUUCAAGAAAGGAAAUUUGUCUAUGAGGGAUUAUUUGAGUAAGGUCAAACAAUGUUGUGAUCUCCUUGCCUCAGCAGGACAAAAAAUAGAUGAGACAGAUCAAAUAGCUCAUAUCAUCUCAGGCCUAGGAUCUGAGUACAAUGCUAUCAUGGUCUCCCUUGCCUCUAGAUCUGAGCCUUGCACACUGAGAGAAGUUCACUCCAUCUUAUUGAGUUUUGAGAGUAGGCUUGAAGCCACAGAAGGAUAUACUUCCCAUAAUGAAGAAACUGGAUUCUCAGUCAAUUUGGCAGCACAAGGCCACAACACCAACUUCAAAAGAGGAGGUUUUCAAGGAAUGCAAAGGGGGAGAGGCUCAAACCAGGGAUUUCAGGCAAGAGGAAGAGGAAGGCAAGGAAACUUAAGAGGUCGAGGCAUAUCAUUUAACAAUGGCAAAGUGAGAUGUCAGAUUUGUCACUACAAUAAUCACACAGUUGAGAGGUGUUAUUUCAGAAGUGACCUGAACUUGGUUCCCAAGAACUUCAACUCCCCACCUCAGGAAAGCUCACAGCAAGCCACAAAUCCCUCAGUCAACAUGAUGAACUUUGAAAACUCAGAAACAGGCUCUGACACCUACUGGUAUCCAGAUUCUGGAGCAACCAACCAUCUCACAUUUGAUAUGAACAACCUAAACAUUGCUGCAGACUACCAAGGAAAUGAGAAGGUCCAAAUGGGUAAUGGAAAAGGUUUGAACAUUUCUCACUAUGGUAACUCUUACAUUAUAUCACCUUAUCAAUCUUCUACCAGCUUUACCCUAAAGAACUUACUUCAUGUUCCCAAAAUUACCAAAAACCUCAUAAGUGUGUCACAGCUUUGCAAGGAUAACAGUGUGUUCUUUGAAUUUCACCCAAACUUUUGCAUUGUGAAGGAUCAGGAAACCAAGCAAAUCCUCCUCAAGGGCAAGCUUGACAAUGGACUCUACAAAUUUCACCUUGAAACCUGGAAAAACACCUUACCUUCUCAGCAAUAUCAACCCACUGCAGAGAAACUAUCUUCAUUUUCAGCUUCU